CCUAGCUAGCUAAGAUAGUUCAGGCUAACGCUGGUUUGUUAUGCUAGCGUCAAACAAGACGCCGUAGAGACUUGAAUGUUCAAUUUAGCGUCGGUCAGCUAAUUAAUGUCAUAAGUCAGCGUAAUCAACUUUGUGUAUUCGCCCGUAUCACUAAGCUACAACUUUGCGCCAUGCUUUUUAGUAAGCUGUCGAUGAUGGCAAAGUGUUGUAACGCUGUAGUGUUGAGUUUAGCUAACUCGGCUAACGUGUUCAGCCUCAACUACUAUGGAUGUUGAUGAAUGCAAUGGCCGGUCCUACAUAUCAGCUAGUGGAGACUCUUCAAUGGAAAGAGAGUUUUCUGGGGCCCUCGGAGGCCCAAAUGUGAGCACCCCGAACAGCAAGGAGACCUCUCCUAGUCGCUCCCUCAGCGCCAACUCCAUUAAAGUGGAGCUGUACAGUGAUGAAGACCCAGGUCGCAGUACUGAAGAUGAAAGAGGGGAGCGGGUAGAGGAAGGAGGUUCAGAGCAGGGGUCUGAGGCUGUUGGAGGCUACAGGGAACCCACCAAUCCUGACAUCAUGCCGACUGGAGCCACCAGAAUGCCAAAUGGAAAGCUCAAGUGUGACAUCUGUGGAAUGAUCUGCAUUGGGCCUAAUGUCCUCAUGGUGCACAAACGCAGCCAUACAGGUGAGCGACCAUUCCAGUGUAAUCAGUGCGGCGCCUCCUUCACUCAAAAGGGCAAUCUGCUCCGUCACAUCAAGCUGCACUCAGGGGAGAAGCCCUUUAAAUGUCCCUUCUGCAGCUACGCCUGUCGAAGACGAGAUGCACUCACCGGCCACCUUCGCACUCACGCAGUCUCCUCUCCAACUGUAGGAAAGCCAUUCAAGUGCAGCUAUUGUGGCCGAAGUUACAAGCAGCAGAGCACCCUGGAGGAGCACCGUGAGCGCUGCCACAGCUACUUGCAGAGCCUGGAGUCACAGCAGCCAUCCAGUGCACAGAAUACAGGAGAGGAGAUGAGAGAGCUAGAGUUUAUACCAGACUCUCUACUGCAGCCCACCUCAGACAAGAUGGCAUUUAUCGAUCGGCUCGCCAACAGCAUCACCAAACGCAAGAGAUCCACACCACAAAAAUUUGUAGGACAGAAGCACAUACGCCUCAACCUUGCAGAUGCACCUUAUGAGCUUAGCGCUGGAUUGGAUAAAGACAGGGAGAUGCACGCAGGGGACCUGGAAGGCCCGCACUUUACUGGUCUUGGAGGAGAAUAUGCCGGUGUAGCAGGUAAUGGAGGAGGAGGGGUGUCAGACACACUGAGGCCUCUACACCUUCCAACCACUCACCCAUCAUGUUUGUCAGAACUCAGGCCCAUCCACAGCUCCAUUCACACCACUGUUGCACUAGGCCCGAGGCUGGAUUGUACAGGGACUGGAGCUGGGCUGGGAGCUGCAGGUGUAGGGGGGAGGGAGGCAGCAGAGGGUCAUGAAGACCUGCCUGCUGGGCGAAGUCACGCACCCUCGCCAAGCAAUGGUUGCCAGGAUUCCACGGACACGGAGAGCAUGCCAGAUGAGCCGUGCAACAGCACUGCUCCAACGCCGGCCCUGCACAGUAACAACGGCCAUCAUCUUAUCCACUCCAACCAUCACCCGGCACCUCCUCCCGCUGCACACCACAGGAGUCGGGACAGACACAGUCCCAGCCAUGCCAAAGACAGGGAGGUGGAAAGAGAGGAUGGAGGUCAUUCAGCCCACCCACCUCCUGUCCUCGCACCAACUCCUAGCUCGCCUACAGCGCCCUCGUCCACAUCCAGGGAGGCUUUUCGGGUUGUAGACGGGGAGGGUCGAGCUGUGCGUUCGUUCCGUUGUGAGCACUGCCGCGUGCUUUUCCUGGACCACGUCAUGUUUACCAUCCACAUGGGCUGCCAUGGGUUUCGCCAGCCUUUUGAGUGUAACAUCUGUGGCCACCGCAGCCAGGACCGCUAUGAAUUUUCUUCACACAUCGUCCGUGGAGAGCACAUCCUUGACUGAGGAGGAAGGGUGGACAACCUGUUUUACGUAGAGACAUUUUUACACUUAGAUGAGGACCUGGUGGAGUUUGGUCUAAGCAGAAGAUGAAGGAGAGACAGAUGACUGAUGCGCAUAUUUCAAACAGGUACAUUAAUUUUAGAAACACACAUUGCCAUGCAGGCUGAUACAGUUAACUUGUACCAGCAUGAAUGUGUUUUUCUAAAAUUAAUGAUAGUCCUUAUGAUUUUAAUGCACUUUUAACGAUAAAUCCAUUUUAAAAUGCACUUUUAAUUAAUUAAAUGUACUCUUAAGUUAAUGAAGAGCCAAUGCACUUUUUCAUCCACAGAUGUGCCUUGACCCAAAAUUCAGGAAUCAAACCUGAUGCACAAAUUGUGGUAGACAAAUCUGACUUUCCCUCCUUGUGCACUUUAAAAAAAAACCUUAAUGUGAAGUUUAUAGGCUCAUCCACAAUGGAAUCAGUAGGAGUUUUAAUGGCAUUUCCUAAAAGCACUCAUUUAAUGAAAGGAUUUCCUAACAAACCUCAAGUUCGGCAAAGGUUUUUCCAAGGUGGGCUUGAUUCUGUUACAAGAAAUAGAUCGCUUUUUUAUGAGAACUGACGUGCAGGCCAAACUCAGACACCAGGUCCAAGUCGAGGAGAUUUGUUAGAGGGGUUGUCCAUCAGUUAGAACUGCACUUUUGUUUUUAACAGGGGAUGGUGUGUGUGUUUGUGUGUGUGUGUGAGAGAGAGAGCGAGUGAGAGAGGGAGAUCUUGAGAGCCUCUGUGUUCCUUGGAAGUAAAGUGGAAAAUGAAGGCCUUUGUGUGAAUGCUGUGUGGGGCAGCGUUUGAAAUGUUUUGUUUUUCUUUCCUAUGACUGCUUUUGUUGCACUGAUACCUGCCAGAAUACUAUGAUUAUAUUAAACUAUUUUAUGGAAUACAUUAA